AUGAUUGGUUGGUGCCCUUUAGCAUUUUCUGUGGAUAUCAUUCAUAUGAAUAGUCAAUUUAUUCAUUGCUUUAUCAAACCUAGGAAUGGUGAUGGCUUUGAAUGCACAUUUGUUUAUGGGUUCAAUGACCCAUGUAGCAGGAAUGAAUUGUGGAGUGGUUUGAAGAAUAUUGCAGGGCAUAGGAAGUCUCCUUGGAUCCUAAUGGGGUAUUUCAAUGCGCUUAGUGAGGUUGAUGAUAGAGUUGGUUCAAAUGUGAGGAAUUCAGAGGUGGCUCCUAUGAGAGAGUGCUUAAUGACCUGUGAGCUUGUGGAUGUGAAGGCUUCAGGAAGACAUUUCACUUGGAAUAAUAAACAGGAGGGAAAUGACAGGGUGUUUUCCAGAAUUGAUAGAGUUAUUGCCACUCAUGACUGGGUGGAUAAGUAUGAUAUGGCUGAAGCUUCUUUUUUACCUGAAGGUAAUUAUGACCAUACUCCUAUCUUGCUAUGCGUGUAUCCAGAUGAAGCACAGAAGAGACCGUUUAAAUUCCAUAACAUGUGGUGCAACCAUAACUCACUAUUGACUACAGUGAGACAAGCCUGGAAAGUGUGUAUGAAACUAAAGAAAGUGAAGGCUGCAUUAAGAAACAUGAACAAGGAGGGAUUUGGUGAUGUGGAAGCUGUUGUGAUUAAAGCUCAACAUGAGCUGAAUAAGGCCCAAGACUUGCUUCAUAGAAACCCUGCUGACAGUGGCUAUGGGCAAAGUGAGAAGGAGGCCCUAUUAGCUUUGAAGAGGGCAAAGAAGAACCAAUUUGCCUUACUGCAACAACAAGCCAAAAUCAAUUGGCUCAAGUGUGGAGAUGACAUUACAGCAGCUGUCCUUGAUUUCUUUAGUACUGGCCAAUUACUAAAGGUAAUCAAUGUGACAACCCUCACUAUGAUCCCAAAGGUGAGAUGUCCGGAAAAUGUGGCUGAAUUCAGACCAAUAGCCUGCUGCACAAUACUGUACAAGUGCAUCACUAAAUUGAUUAGUGAAAGGCUUAACUUGAUCCUACCUGAGGUUGUGUCUUGUAAGCAAGGUGCCUUUGUUGCAGGAAGGAGCAUAUUACAUAACAUUUUUACAUGCCAGGACCUUGUGAAGCUUUAUAAUAGGAAGACUACUAGGGCUAGUUGUAUGAUGAAACUGGAUUUAAAGAAAGCAUAUGAUACAAUAAGCUGGGACUUUGUCAGACAAAUGCUUACUGGAGUGGGAUUCCCUAGUGGUUUUGUGGACAAAAUCAUGCUUUGCAUUACUACUCCUAUGUUUUCAAUCAUGAUUAAUGGGUCCAUGUGUGGUUUUUUCAAGGCUCAGAGAGGGUUAAGACAGGGAGAUCCCAUAUCUCCUCUAAUCUUUGCCCUUUGUAUGGACUACCUGGAUAGAAUCCUUAGCUAUGUGAGUGAGCAACAUGGGUUCAAAUACCAUAGCAUGUGCAAAGAGCUCAAGUUGACACACUUGAGCUUUGCUGAUGACCUAUUACUAUUCUGUCAUGGAGACUGCUCCAAGGUGUUCAGAUGUUCUCUAAUGCAUCUGGGUUAG